AGGCGUGCUCAGCCCCACCUCCGCAGCCCUCCAGCUGUUAAAGCUCCCACGAAGGGCGGGCGCGGAGCUCCUGCUGGGCCGGGGUUGCGGAAGCGGCGGUGUCUGUGUUACUGCUGCACUGGAAACUUGCCUCUUGCAGACGGAGCCUCCCUGUUACCUACCCAGAAAGCUUUGAAGAAACAUUUCACAGGGAGGUUGUUCAGGAAAGCAAGAGGAUGACAACAUCACCUCCCCAAGGCUGCGGCAGCAUCCAUGCUGACUACUACCUGCUCUGUGACACAGAGAUGGCCUGGGGGAUUGUCCUGGAGUCGCUGGCUGCAGCAGGCAUCCUCAUCACCAUUUUCCUCAUCUGCUCGCUCUUCUUUCUCAUCUGCAAAGUCCAAGACAACAGCAAGCGGCACAUGAUCUCCGUCUAUUUUUUCUUUCUCUUAGGCACACUCGGCAUUUUUGGUCUCACUUUUGCCUUCAUCAUUAAACUCAAUGACAGGACUCGCCCCACUCGCUUCUUCCUAUUUGGAGUCAUCUUUGCUCUCUGCUUCUCGUGCCUCCUCACCCAUGCCUGUAACCUCAGCAAACUAGUGAGAGGAAGAAAGCCCUUCUCCUGGCGGGUGCUGCUGCUCCUCAUUGUUUCCUUUGCCCUGGUACAAGUUGUGAUCAGUAUUGAGUACUUAGUCACCAUGCUAGUAAAUCAGAAAGACAAUUUUCUGAAUAUGUCUCGGGAGGAUACCAACAAGGACUUUGUCAUGCUUUUGAUCUACGUGCUCUUCUUGAUGGCUCUGACCUUCUUGGUUUCCAUUUUCACAUUCUGUGGGUCAUACAAAAGCUGGAAGAGGCACGGGGCGCACAUCUUUGUCACUGUCCUGUUCUCCAUUGCCAUUUGGGUAGUGUGGAUCACUAUGCUCACAAAAGGCAAUACAGUUUUAAAAAAAGAAACCUGGGAUGAUCCUGUCGUGGCCAUUGCUCUGGUGUCCAAUGGUUGGAUUUUCCUGAUAAUGUAUAUCGUCCCUGAAAUUUGCUUCCUCACUGCUCCUCUGAAGCUAGAGGACUACCCUCCAGAAAAUGACUUCUGCCAGCCCAAAUUCAUAAAGCAGGCAACCGGCGUGGACAACCGUGCCUACACCCAAGAUGAAAUUGUGCAAGGAAACACAGGAGACCCCAGCUACUCCCCAUACACUUCUCACUUUCAGAUGAAGGCCAUCGAACCCCAGAAUGAUUUCUCCAUCCCUCGCGCCAAGGCCCGGACAAGCCCAUACCAUGACUACACUGGUGGGAAAAGCCCCAUGUAGCAGCUCCACAGGGAGCAAAGACACUAAGUGCCCACCAGCAGAGGCAUGGGGAGUGGGCCACGUGGUCACAAGUGAGAUGAUCCUUCAGAAGAGAGAGUCAACCCACCACCAAAAAAGAGAGGGAUCCUCUUCCCCCACACAGGCACCCCUGUAGUCCCCUCUCAUUCUUCAAACCCAGCUUUCAGACACUGCUCUGGCCAUCCUGUCCCUGCGCACUCUGUGUCUCCAUGAAAUGGAGCUUCUCUCUUCUGACAGAGGAUUGUCCUGGCCUAUUUUCAGCAGGAAUGCUGUAAGGCUAGAGAAGCAGGAAGAUUGUCCGCUGGGUCUGCAACUGGCUCUGCCCCAGAGAGGACUUGCUUUAAUCAGCUUGUGAGUAUGCCUGCACCUCACAUCUGAUAGGAGAAGAGGCAGGACCAGGAGCAUCAACCCUACACAUCCCCUACUCCUGCCCCCCCAUGAAGACAUCUGAGGUACUAUUGAGGACACCCUUAUCUAUCCACUGUUACUUUUGUGCCCACUCCCAGCCCUGCCUGGCUCUCCUCCAGAGAUCAGUGUAGAAGAGACAGACAGAGAGAGAAAGUAUUCUUUUUUCAUUUUCGUAAUUGCUUCCAACACCUUCCUCAUCAUCUAGGGACCAUGGUGGAGAGGGGGAAGAAAAUUUAAAGACAUAAAAAGAGCUACACCUAUUUACCCUGACAAAUUUUUCAGUUCGCGCUUCAGCGUCAGCCUCCCUCCUGGCUCUGACUCCUCACCACAUGCCCCAGCUGAACUCCCCAGGAGGAGCCCAACCCCACAAAUGAGGGGUUUGGGUCCCUUCUCACCCCUGCCACUGCAGGCUGUGGAUCCACGAAGACAAAACCCCUUCGAUACAUCUCUUUGCAAUACCCUGGUGGGAUUUAAUCUUGUGAACCUUGGAGCUCUGCCUCCUUCUGAGUGUGUCUGUGGCAUUAACACAAACAUUUCCCAAGCAGCCAGGUUACAGAGGGCGGACACCCUUCUUCCCAAGUGUGAGUAAGCAUGAGCAUCUGCACGUCUGUGUGCGUGUGUGUGUGUGUGUGUGUGGACUGCACCCUGGUGAUGAGCAAUGAGUCUGCAGAGUUGAAUCAUUCUGUAGCCUGCUUUGCAUUUGAUAAAUAGCUUUCCAUGAUAUUUCAUACAUAACUACAGAGAGCUCUCCAAGUGGGUGUGUAUGGUACACUGGUGUCUGACACAGCUAUGUAUUUAUUUAGUACUUUGUAUGUGGAAUAUUUAAUUAAUAAAAACCAAAACAGCCUAUGAGAAA